UCUCCUUGGGAUUUGGGGGGCUUGGCCUAGGGGCGCCUUCCAGACAGACUCUAGGGCCCCGGGGGUACGGUCGCAGAAAGGGGGCAGGGCGGCCAUUGGGGGUCCUCCUCGGGGUCCUAGGGGCGCACCCCUGUCGGGGCCGGGGCUCCUGGGGUUGUGCGGGACAAGGAGGCCCUAAGGCCUCGGCUGAGGGGGUCUCUUCGACGAAAGAAGGGGAACAGAUGAGCGGAGCGUGAAGGGGGCGGGGAAGCAAGGGCCGAGGCCCGCCGCCAUGGGGCUGAAGGCCGCCCAGAAGACGCUGUUCCCGCUGCGCUCCAUCGACGACGUGGUGCGCCUGUUCGCUGCUGAGCUGGGCCGAGAGGAGCCGGACCUGGUACUCCUAUCCUUGGUACUGGGCUUCGUGGAGCACUUCCUAGCUGUCAACCGCGUCAUCCCCACCAACGUGCCUGAGCUCACUUUCCAGCCCAGCCCUGCGCCUGACCCUCCUGGCGGCCUCACUUACUUCCCUGUAGCCGACCUCUCCAUCAUCGCCGCGCUCUAUGCCCGUUUCACCGCCCAGAUCCGCGGCGCGGUCGACCUCUCUCUCUACCCGCGAGAAGGGGGCGUCUCCAGCCGCGAGCUGGUGAAGAAGGUCUCCGAUGUCAUUUGGAACAGUCUCAGCCGCUCCUACUUCAAGGAUCGGGCCCACAUCCAGUCCCUCUUCAGCUUCAUCACAGGCACCAAACUAGACAGCUCUGGUGUGGCCUUUGCCGUGGUGGGGGCCUGCCAGGCUCUGGGUCUCCGGGAUGUCCACUUGGCCUUAUCUGAAGACCACGCCUGGGUAGUAUUUGGGCCCAAUGGAGAGCAGACAGCUGAGGUCACUUGGCAUGGCAAGGGCAACGAGGAUCGCAGGGGCCAGACGGUCAACGCGGGUGUGGCUGAGCGGAGCUGGCUGUACCUGAAAGGAUCAUACAUGCGCUGUGACCGCAAGAUGGAGGUGGCAUUUAUGGUGUGCGCUAUCAACCCUUCCAUUGACCUGCACACCGACUCCCUGGAGCUGCUGCAGCUGCAGCAGAAGCUGCUCUGGCUGCUCUAUGACCUGGGACAUCUGGAAAGGUACCCUAUGGCGCUGGGGAACCUGGCAGAUCUAGAGGAGCUGGAGCCCACCCCUGGCCGGCCAGACCCACUCACCCUCUACCACAAGGGCAUUGCCUCAGCCAAGACCUACUACCGGGAUGAGCACAUCUACCCUUACAUGUACCUGGCUGGCUACCAUUGUCGGAACCGCAAUGUGCGCGAAGCCCUGCAGGCCUGGGCUGACACGGCCACUGUCAUCCAGGACUACAACUACUGCCGUGAAGACGAGGAGAUCUACAAGGAGUUCUUUGAAGUAGCCAAUGAUGUCAUCCCCAACCUGCUGAAGGAAGCAGCCAGCCUGCUGGAGGCUGGCGAGGAGCGGCCAGGGGAGCAGAGCCAGGGCACCCAGAGCCAGGGUUCUGCCCUCCAGGACCCAGAGUGCUUCGCCCAUCUGCUGCGAUUCUACGAUGGCAUCUGCAAAUGGGAAGAGGGCAGCCCCACGCCUGUGCUGCACGUGGGCUGGGCCACCUUCCUCGUGCAGUCCCUAGGCCGUUUUGAGGGACAGGUGCGGCAGAAGGUACGGAUAGUGAGCCGCGAGGCGGAGGCAGCCGAGGCAGAGGAGCCAUGGGGCGAGGAAGCCCGAGAAGGCCGGCGGCGGGGCCCGCGGCGGGAAUCCAAGCCCGAGGAGCCACCGCCGCCUAAGAAGCCAGCGCUGGACAAAGUUCCCAGUGCGGUGCCAGGACCCCCUCGGAAGCCCCCAGGGACGGUCCCGGGCACUCCCCGCGGCCCUGAAGGCGGCAGCUCGGCUCCGGCGCCAGCUCCCGCCGCAUCGCCGCCACCGGAGGGUCCGGUGCUCACUUUCCAGAGCGAGAAGAUGAAGGGCAUGAAGGAGCUGCUUGUGGCCACUAAGAUCAACUCGAGCGCCAUCAAGCUGCAGCUCACGGCGCAGUCUCAAGUGCAGAUGAAGAAGCAGAAGGUGUCUACACCUAGCGACUACACUCUGUCCUUCCUCAAGCGGCAGCGCAAGGGCCUCUGAAGUACCCCGGACUCCCUAUCGGCCUACGGGGAGCCCGCCCUCAAUCCGGAUGAGGUUCCCUCCCAGCCCUUAGCGAGCCCAGGCUCCGCCCCCGGCCAAGAGGGCCUAGGCUUAGACUCCGGGCCCCACCCCUACCCGGAACCGAGGCUGCUGGUUCCCAGAGUAGACUCUACCCCAGAGCACGAACCGAGGGCUGAGCCCAGUCAUUGGAAUAUAGAGCCCAUCCCCCAGGAUCCCAGCCGGCCAACUGAAAUAUGACCCUGAGCCCAUCACCAAUCUUUAAAGGUCCAAUCACGGAAAACUCAGGCUCCACCUCAGAACGAGGCUCUAACCUUCGGCCUGACCAGUGUUGGCUCAGGGUUGCUUCCAGCCCAAAGGGCUGAGAUUUCGUCCUAAACCCUAGAAGCAUAGGUCCCGCUUACAGCUCGGGAACCAAGGACCCCAAUCAACCCGUAGGAGUAUAUUUCCGCACUUCAGAAUUCCAUCCCUUGGGAAUCCAAGCUCCCUACUGCUAAGAACCUAUGUAACGCUUCCAGAAUUUGGAAAUCCUAGCUUCUUCCCUUCCCUAUUUUACGAGCCUGGGACACGAAACUCCGCUCCCGGUCUGUGAGAAUCCUGAGCCCUGCCCCCUUCCUGACCAAACUGGCCCCAGAUCAGAGCAGACCUCUCUUCCGACCCUCUGGGAACCUCCCCGAG